AUGAGACCAUUUGAUGCGUACGAGUGCAAAGGGAGGGGAAGGGGCGUCCUUGCAGACAAAGCUGCCGAAUCCUUGCCUGUCAUGUCAGACGAUGUGGAGAAGAAACAGGCUCCUCCAGAGCCAGAGGCAAAGCAAGAUGAAGGAGAGAAGCAAGAGCCAGAGCCAAAAGCUGAGCCAGACCCAAAGCAGGAGCAGCAACCGCAGCCGGAAUCCCCUCCUCAUAGCCCCCAGGCUCCAGAGGCCCCUCCGCAAUCCAUGCUGGUGACUGUCACCAUCGAAGAGGAGACUGUGGAGGGACCACAACUGAAUGGGGAUCCCUUGGGGAUGAGGGCCGGCUCAGCUGAGGAAUUAGGAACCACCCCAGCCCCUCCUGGCAGCCCUCCGGCACGGUCCAAAUCGGCAUCGCUGAAUGACCUGAAGCCCCAGAACAGCGUCAAUGGAGGCCCCCGGGCGGGUGUGAGGGGCAGUUUGUCUGGCUCUCAGGUGCAUCUUGCAGGCACAGCAGCAUCUCCGCGGGCCAGUCUGAGUCGGCAGGCCUCAGCCACUGGAUCAGCAGUUGGGGAGGCUGGGGCGAAACCCAGAGACUACAUAUUCAUGGCUGCUCUGUCCUGUUUUUGCCCCAUCUGGCCGAUCAACAUUGUGGCCUUCGUGUACUCGGUCAUGUCCCGUAACAGCUUCCAGCAGGGAGACAUCGAUGGGGCUCGGCGCUUGGGGCGGGUAGCAAAGCUGCUGAGUAUUGUGGCCCUGGUUGGGGGCUUGUUCAUCAUCGUGGCCUCUUGUGCCAUCAAUUUUGGAGGUAUCAAUGAAUGCCAGAGGUAG